AUGGCAAAUGUACAACGCACACCACCCCAAAAACCCAAAACACCACAAAAUUUACCGGCUCACCAAACAAUGACGCAAUCGGAACCUGACAUCAACUUAGCGAUUCAAAUGAGUGAAAAUGUUAACACAAGCAGGAAUAAGCGUCCCCGCCACAAUAAUUCACCACAAACCGGACAGGUCUCGGCAGUAAACAGUGGCUUUAACCUACGAGAUUUACAAGAUACUCUAGCUGAGUGGAAAACAGACCAAGAUACAUGUAUUUCGAAAAUGUUUGGUGAACAGACUGCCCUCAUAACUAGCCUAAUAACAGAAAUAAAAGAUAUAAAAACUCAAAAUGCCCAAAUAAAAAAGUCAAAUACGGAAAUUUGCAAUUCUAAUGCUGAGAUUGUGCAAUCCAUUUCUUUUAUGAACAACAAAUUUAAAGAAAUGAAAAAAGAAAUCGAAGAACUAAAAAAAGACCGACAAGAACAAAGAAUUUACAUAGAGAGCCUGGAAAGAAAGAUAAAUGACUUACAGCAGAAAACACGAUCGUCGAGUGUUGAAAUUCGCAAUAUACCGCAAAACGAAUCGGAGACUAGUUCAAGCCUUAUACAAACGGUUUGUAGCAUUGGCAAAGUCGUCGGGGUACACAUCCCUCCAUCAGAUUUCCGUGACAUAUAUCGUUUACCUGGGAAGCCUAACAACUCUGCUACUCCUCGCCCAAUUAUCGCCGAAUUUACAACUGUGCAAACUAAACAAAAAGUAAUUUCUUCUGUCCAGUCCUUCAACAAAACCAAAAAAUCUAGGGAUGACAAAAUUAAUACAGAAAUCAUCGGCAUUGCGGGGAAGAGACAGCCAGUGUAUAUAACCGAUAAAUUAUCUCCUAGCACUAAGAAGCUGUUCUUUAUCGCACGAGAAUUUGCCAAGAAAAACAACUUCCAAUUCUGUUGGAUUUCCAAUGGUAAUAUCUUGCUAAGAAAGCAAGUGGGCGAAAAACAGAUUCUAGUGAACAACGAAAAAUGUCUCAAUGACAUCCUCCCUACCUUG